UCCGGUCCUGCGAGCGGCUCCAGCGUGGCGACUCCCGGGGCCGGCGACCCACGACGACGACUCCAUCGGCGUUCGCGCUCGCAGGCGGAAUGGUUCUGACGAUAAACCUUUAGGACGUCGGCCCCUACGCUAAGACGCCUUCGAAGGGCGUCUCGUCGCCAGCUGUCGGGAGUUUUAAAGGUUGCAUAGCGGCGAUAGUGACCCUGGGGUGGAGUAAGUUCACUGGACCCGGCCGCCACCGCAUGCGGCGGAUGUUGUGGAGCCGACUCGUGCUGCCUGCCUUCAGGACGCUGCAUUCCCGGGUGGAGGGACGCACCAUGAGGCUGGGCACCAGCGAGUUCCAGUGCCUCUUCACUGAUGGCCUCAAAGCCAUUGCCGCGCUGUUUGCGGAGCACGGGCACGAGCUGCGGAUUGCGGGUGGCGCCGUGCGGGACUUGCUGAGCGGCAAACAACCUCAGGACAUCGACUUCGCCACGUCCGCCACCCCGGCACAGAUGAAGGAGAUGUUCUCAGCGGCCGGCGUCCGCACCAUCAACACGCUCGGCGAGAAGCAUGGGACCAUCACCGCAAGGGUGCACGAGCAGAACUUUGAGAUCACAACGCUGCGAGUGGACGUGACGACAGACGGCCGCCACGCCGAGGUGGAGUUCACCACCGACUGGCAGACGGACUCUGAGCGGCGCGACCUCACCAUCAACUCCAUGUUCCUAGGUCUCGAUGGGACACUUUACGACUACUUCAACGGGAUGGAGGACCUGAAAAAUAAGAAGGUGCGCUUCGUAGGAGACCCAGAGAAAAGGAUCCAGGAAGAUUAUCUCCGCAUCCUGCGAUAUUUCAGGUUUUAUGGAUCCGUGGCCGAGCACGCGGACGCGCACGAGCCACAGACGCUGGUGGCGAUCGAGCGCAACGCGAGCGGGCUGGCCGGCAUCGCGGGCGAGCGCAUCUGGGUGGAGCUGAAGAAGACACUCAUGGGAAACCAUGCGAGUCACCUCUUCGCUCUCAUCUACAAGCUCGGCGUGGCACCACACAUAGGCCUGCCAUGCGACGGGAACGUGGUCGAGCUGCAGCGCGUGUGGGAGCGCUCGCGCGCCUCCCCCCCGCGCCCCAUCACGCUGCUGUCGGCGCUCCUGCGCUGCGCCGACGACGUGGGGCAGCUGGACGCGCGUCUCCGCCUCUCCAAGGACGAGCGCAACCUGGCGGCGUUCGUCGUCAAGCACCGCGGGGAGCUGCGGCCCGACGCGGACGGAGACGACCCGCUCGGCUCCAUCAAGGCCUUCGUCACCGACGCGCGUCCGCACGGGGAGGCGAAGGCUCGCGCCAGCGAGCUGCUGCGCUACCUGGGCGAGGCGGGGCCCGCCGGCGAGCUGGACGGUUGGAGGCCGCCGGCCUUCCCCGUGAGCGGCCACGACCUCCGCCGGCUGGGCCUCACGUCCGGCAAGGAGAUCGGCACGGAGCUGCAGCGCCUGCGCGCCGUCUGGCAGCGCUCGGGCUACCGCGCUGACAAGGACGCUCUGCUGGCCACCGUCCGGCAGGGCCAGAAGUCGAAGUCGUGACGGUCGCUUCGGGUCGGAAGCUUUUCGACUGCGCUCGUUGUGUUUGUCGGUUAGUUCGGUCGCUCGUUUGUCAUCUCUCGGUCAUUGGUCGUUUGGUGUCGGUGCUCAGUUUCCCCUCGGAACGGUCAGAAAUGCUGUUUUUUGCGGAAAUUAUAAUUUUUUUGGCAAACCACAUUCACCGAGGAGUGGAUUUGACCCUGUAGUGGAUUGAUCUAAAUUAUUAGCUGCAAAACAAACUUAUCGGCGGGGUUGCUGUGGGUGGUGCUUUAAAUCGUGGCGUGUUUUACGGGGAAAAAUCGAUGUGCUGCUGUUAAGAAGUAAGUUUUCGGGUGUUUUUUGUUCAAGUUAACAUUUUAAAAGCACGCAAACCAGGACACACACACAACUCCUCGUGGGUCAGUUAUCGGCUUUAACAAAACAUUUAUCUUCUUGUAAACGGUGGCUGCCUGUCUCACGAAUGCAUUAAUUUACUUUGUGACGCAAAUUUUGCUGAGGGGGCAGGGUGGGGUGGGAUUUAAGAGAAGUGUUAAAGCCACGAGUAUAAUACAGCGUUGACAAUUACUGGUGGGCAUUUGGCGCCCUGGGAAACCGGUGAGCAGUAAUGCAUGUCCCCACGCACAGGGCAACUCGAGUUCGAUUCCCGUUGUGGAAUAAUCGGCGUUGGCGCUAGACGCGGGCAAAUUCAGCAAAAGUUGAUGGCCCCAAGUAGUGCAGGGGCUCUGGGUUUAUGAAAACUAUAGGGACAAAGCAAAGUCAGAAAAAUAUAUUUCAAUGAACAUCAAAAGUUAAUUUGUCUCAUCUUUCAUUUGACAUAUUCUUUGUCUGGUCUACAGCUCGUUCCAUCACAGCCGUCUCAUCUGUAUCUCUAUUGUCUGUCGUCUCUAUCUCUUGUAUAUUCUGUCACCUCGCUGCGAGUAACAUACGAACCAGUCCUGCUGGGUCCCUCCGCUCCACUGAGCCACACUGACGAGUGUGGAGAAGUACGGUUGGGUAGCCACCGUGCCCGAUGACGUCUCAUUCGUGUACCAGAGAAAGAAGGAGAUCGCGAUACAUAUAUGUAGGUAUGCGUGUUGGACGUAUUUCGCACCACCGUAAGUAGCCGACCGUGCUCAUCGGAGGCGUGGGGGGGGGGGACAACAAACUAAAGACAAAGCAGAUAUGACGUGGGGAGGGAGGCCUUCAUCCGGCAAUAAGCUGACGACGGGGCUGCACACAUCAUCAUUAUGAUGCGUGUUUGCUUCCUCUUAACCUAUCGUGGGGGGAGAUGUGUACCGUCACGGGACUGUGCCGGGCUUCUGGGAGGUGGAUGAGGGGGGGGGGGGCAUUGCUGGGGUGUGUGGGUCGAGCGAAUGCUUAAGUCUCUCACACAGGUCAGUCAUCCCCCCCUGAGCCAAUGUGCCUUGACCAAUAUUUACCCAUCAGUAAGCUCAUGUAAAUAUUAGGGCUCCUGUCUGCACACCGAGAGUGAACCAAACACGAUAGGAUUGCAUCGGAAACCAUCCACGGUUCAGUAAGGCGUGUGGCGUUCAGUACUUAUAGUUUACGUCUGCAUAACAACACGUGUAUAAGAUUGUGUGUAUAUAGUUUGCCGUACUUGGGAUAGAUUAUAGUGGCUACAGUAAUUAUGAUGUGGGUUCUGUUGUGCGGUACAUUUUGUGGGUUUUUGUUGUAUUUUACGUGUGAAACUAAUGUACAGAAAGCCCGUUUGUCAAUCCACUGCCGGAUGAAGUCCACUCCGUGCCAUGUCGGUCACAGAGAUCAUUGUUGGGUAAUUGUCAGGAGUGUUUCCCGUGUCUUUUUUUUUGUAUUCAUCCUGAGACGAUUCUGAUGCGUAAUUCAUCCGGGGCUGUACUUGAGAUGUUUGAAAUAAAAAAUAAAAUAAAAAACCUCAUCAAA